AUGCGAGAAUCCAACUUUCGGUCGGUCCCUUCCAACAGGGCUUCCGUCACCAUCACGACGACCCUUUACGACCGACGAGCUCUCGACUGCACCUCGGACAAGCCCCUUAUCAACUCGCUCAACCACCUUACCUAUCUCACAUCGUCGUCAGCACGAGUGCGAGAAACACUAUGUACGGAUGGCGGUCUAGAACGACUAGUGGCAAUUAUGAAAACGUGCCAGGAGAGCAAGCAUGACGACAAGCACAGCGAUAAAAACCUGCUGGUGGCAUGGAAAUGGGCUCUAGCAUUCCAGUGCUUGGUGUUUGUCGGAACUCGCGGUACCGAGGCCAUUCGAAAACGCAUUGUCGAGGCUGGCCUACUGCCAGUGCUCGCCACCGUGCUCGACAACUACCUGCUUAUGAUGGAAGAUGCCAAGGCCGAACAGGAGCUCCAACGUCGACGAGCAGAGGUCGAGCAGGAGAUGCAGCGACGACAGGCCGACGACAAGGACAGAAGUGACGCUGUUACUGCGUCCAACCCCUUUGGAAUUUCUCUCUGCGGGUCGACUCGAGAGGUGUCUGCAGACAAGGAGCGAGAAAACACCCCGGGGCAGAGCCAGAGCCAGGGUCAGGCAGCGCGACGAGACUGUCGACUUCACAGCGCCAUUUCAUCAGCAGUGUCGUCUGUUUCGCGCCUAUGCCGAACGCAGAGUGCAGUCCCUGACGAACCCCAAGCUGGGUCUUCCCGAGAAUCGUCGUUGCAGUCGUCGUUUUCUUCGUCCAUGAUCGACUCUGCUUCGUCGACCUCCAGUACCACCACAACCAUCAUGAACAGCAGCACUACCAUCACCACCCCCAGCCUCCGACAGCUGCUCAGUGAGAGUGCGAUUCUCCGGUCGGGAGCCUCUGUCGAGAGCUUCGACACUGCUACCCAAAACUCGUCUCAGUCUCAGAACGACGACGCUCAGAUGGUGGAUACUGAUACGGGCCUUGCUCUGUUUGCAGAGCGAGACGCCGACGGCGACGUGGAAAUGGGAUCUGAUGAUUUCCAGCCACGUCGAUUGCAAGCAUCCCAGCCUCAACAGCAGCAACAGCAGCAACAGCAGCAGCCUGCCCAGCCCGGCCAGCCUACUGUUACUGGCCAGACAGCUACCCCUCGCCCUGGUCCUGGCGUCGCCCCUGUUACUGCUCAGGGCGCCAUUAGCUCCAUCCAGAGCUCCAUCGCCUCCAUGCCACGUAUUUUUGAAAACGGCAUUCUGAUGCCUCGAGAUGACGAUGUGCUAUGGGCAUUGGAGAUUCUGGCCUAUGUGUCCAAGUACAGCAGCACCAAGGAGUGCAUCCAGACAUGUCACUUCGUGCCUGACUUGUCUCUUCGAGACAAGAACCUGCCUCCACUUCGACGAGCCGCAGUCCCCCAGCCUCUCAUGAGAUCCAAGUUUGGAUCUCACGAGGGAGACCCUGUUGUCAAGAUUGUUGAUGUGGACGAUGAAGACGACUACAAGGGAAAGUCCAUUUGCGUGGAUGAGACUGCAGAUGUUGAUGGUGUUGUUGACGAUCAGUUUUUGGAUGACCAUCGAACUCAGAAACAGCGGGAAAUCACGGCCUUCCACAAGCGGGUGACACGAAAGUCUCACCGCAAGAAGACAGACUGGGAGAAGGCCUACGAUACCUACGACUUCGAGUCCGAGGAAGACAUUUGUGCCGAGUUUCUCGGAGAGACAAUUAAUGUGUUCCCUAUUGUGGAGAAAUUCACCAUUCGGGAGUACUCCAAUGAGAUCCAGUACUGGGCUGGUGUCAUUAUGCGAAACUCGUGUCGAAAGAACGAGGCUCGUGGCGGUAUUCGACAGUGCGCUCACUUUGACUGUGGCAAGUGGGAGGAAUUUCCUCGUCAGUUCGCCAAAUGUCGACGGUGCAAGCGAACCAAGUACUGCAGCCGAGAGUGUCAGCUUAAGGCUUGGAACUACCACAAGCACUGGUGUUCCACCAACCCUCCCAAUGUGGCAUCAUCACGAUCGGGAUCGUCCGCAGUCACGUCUUCUGCAGCAAGCGUGUCUUCGGUCUCAACAGCCAGCACUGUGGCCACAGCCAGUACUGUGGCCACAGUUAAUACUAUGGCAUCAGGCGGCACUGUAGCCUCUGGCACCGAAGGAUUCCCCAACUCUCCCAACAAUGCCGCAUCUGCAUCUUCUGCAUCCACCGCCACAGUUGCUGGGGGCUCUCAGUCCACCCUCAGCAACUCGCGCCAAAGCAUGUUUAGAAGUACGCGAUGA